CGAAAAGAAAUCUGUAAAUCUCUUGACCAACAAAAGUUUUUUGUAAAUUUAUCUUUGCUACUGAUGUGACUCUGGUGAUCUCCCAAAGACAAAGCAAAGCAUAUUUUGGAAUACCAUUUACCAGCAUUCUCCAUUUUGAUGUUUUGAUUCUUACUACACUUAACAAUGAAUUAUGUGCUACCAUUUUUCUCUCUUUCUAUGUUUACUAUAGUCGGAGUUCUCUUAAUCCUUUCAACAGGUAUUUUUCGUUUACCAUUUUUAAUCUUGUUACUUCACUUUUUUUUUACUUUUUCAUAAUCAUUCUGAAAUAGUGAAAAUCCACUAUCUUGUAGUAUAUAUACGUUAACAUUUGAAUUUGGUCAUUAUCAGGAAGUGAAGCGAGUAUUGGUGUAAACUACGGCACACUAGCUAACAACCUCCCUCCACCGCAACAAGUAGCGGAGUUCCUCCUCCAUUCCACCGUCAUUAACCGCAUCCGCCUCUUCGACACCGAUCCUCAAAUCCUCCAAGCCUUCGCUAACACCGGUAUCGCCGUUACCGUAACCGUCCCCAACGACCAAAUCCCACACUUAACCAACCUCUCCUCCGCCAAACAAUGGAUCUCCGAUCACAUCCAACCUCACUUCCCAUCCACAAACAUCAUCCGUAUCCUCGUCGGAAACGAAGUCAUCUCCACCGCCGAUCACCUCCUCAUCAGAACCUUAAUCCCGGCUAUGCAAUCUCUCCACACCGCCUUAGUCUCCGCCUCUCUCCACCGUCGAAUUCAAAUCUCAACGCCACAUUCUUUAGGAACCCUCACUAAUUCAACCCCACCUUCUUCCGCUAAGUUCCGGCGAGGCUACGACGCCCAAGUCCUCAAGCCUCUCCUUAGCUUCCUCCGUUCUACUUCUUCGCCGUUCGUCGUGAAUCCUUAUCCCUUCUUCGGUUAUUCAAUCGAAACUCUCGAUUUCGCUCUCUUUAGACCUAAUCCAGGCUUAUUUGAUCAACACACGAAGCUUCUCUACACAAACAUGCUCGAUGCUCAGCUUGAUUCGGUUUAUUCCGCCAUGGAUAAAUUAGGGUUUUCAGAUGUUGAGAUUGUGAUUGGUGAAAUUGGAUGGCCAUCGGAGGGAGAUAUAGAUCAGAUCGGAGUUGAUGUUGAUACAGCGGCUGAGUUUAACAAGAAUCUGAUUGCGCGUGUAGAUUCCGGUACCGGAACUCCAUUGAUGCCAAAUCGGACUUUUGAAACUUACAUUUUCGCGCUCUUCAAUGAAAAUCUCAAAUCGGGACCAACGUCGGAGCGUAAUUUCGGCAUCUUCCGAUCAGAUCUGACACCGAUUUACGACAUCGGAAUCCUCCGGCCAACGUUUAGAUCAUCGGAUCCGGUUUACAAUCCUCGAUCACCGGUUAGAGGAUCGUCGUCGAAGCGGUGGUGCGUGACAAAGGCCGGUGCAGAGACGGUGGCUUUACAAAGGAACAUUGAUUACGUAUGUGGGUUGGGUUUGGAUUGUAGGCCCAUUAAUGAAGGUGGGCUUUGUUACUUGCCGAAUACAGUGAAAGCCCAUUCGAAGUACGCAAUGAACUUGUAUUACCAAACUAUGGAGAAACACGAGUUCGAUUGCGAUUUCGACAACACUGGAGAGAUAACUACGAUUGAUCCCAGUUAUGGAAAUUGUGAAUAUCAGGCUAAUUAGUAAGUUUUACACUGUAAUUUGCAAUAAUAUUCAGGGUUGUUUGGUCAAAUCAACAAUAUGAAGUAUUGGAAUAAUCAAUCCUAGCAAACUACACAUCAUUUCGAGCUGCUUUUUUUUUUUUUUUUUUGUUGUUGUUGUUGUAAAUAUUGAAGUGGAAUGUCCUUUACAUACAUAUUAAAUAGUAUUGUCCUUUUUAUAUGCAUAUGAUUUUGGAUUAUGCUAGUAGUAUUGGUCGCGUCUAUAAAAGUAUGAGU